CUGCAGGGCAUGGAAGUAGAAGCGCGCGCGCGCGCGUCCUCACGUACAUACACGCACGCCGCGCGCGUGCACACGCACCCUUGCCGGCCGCACGAGCACACGCGCCUCGGGGGAAAGAGGCUCAGCCCGCGGCAUGCGCACAAAGCCCAAGGCCCCCUGGUCUGCGUUUUCCAUCUUGCCGUGGUGGAGGCAGGUGGGGAUAUGGUAGAGGAGAAGGAGGGCUCAAAGCCCGCAGGUGACAGGAGCCCUCAGCUGCAGGAGCCCCUGGGGCAUGUGAAGAAAAACAAGCAGCAGGUCUCCGAGGGAUUCACGAUUAAAGCCAUGAUGAAAAACACCGUGGUAAGAGGGCCCCCAUCUGCAGGAGCAUUUAAAGAAAGACCACCAAAGCCCACACUAUUUCGCAAGUUUUAUGAGCGAGGAGACCUCCCAAUUGCCCUUGAUCAUGAUACUAAAGGAAACAAAAUCGCCUGGAAGGUAGAGAUAGAAACCCUGGACUAUAAUUCCUAUCUGCCUAUUUUUUUUCACGGCCUUUGUGAAAUGACAUUUCCACAUGAGUUUUUUGCUCGUCAGGGAAUUCAUGACAUGCUGGAACAUGGUGGAAACAAGAUUCUUCCUGUCAUUCCUCAGCUCAUUAUUCCAAUAAAAAAUGCACUGAACCUUCGUAACCGACAGAUCAUCUGCAUCACACUGAAGGUCCUCCAGCACCUGGUGGUGUCGGCUGACAUGGUGGGGAGGGCCUUGGUGCCCUAUUAUCGGCAAAUCCUCCCAAUCCUAAGCAUCUUUAAGAAUGUGAAUGUUAAUUCAGGUGAUGGGAUAGAAUACAGCCAACAGAAGCGUGAAAACAUUGGCGAUCUGAUUCAAGAGACACUGGAAGCCUUUGAACGCUGCGGUGGAGAAAACGCAUUUAUAAACAUUAAAUACAUGAUCCCUACUUACCAGUCGUGCAUAUUAAACUGAGCUGUAUCAAAUGGGAUGAUUCCAUUUGUGGUCUAAAAAAACUGUGUCUGAGUCUCUAUGGCAUCUUGUUAGUCAUGCUUUUUUCUCUACAGCUGCUAAAAUAGUGGCUUCUGGGGCAUUAAAGUGUUAGCACUAUUGUGAACAAGGCUUUCCAAUAGAUAAAUAGUGCCUGUUCCUCUGAUUACAAUGGUGUACUGUGCUUGUUUGUUCCCUGAAAGAAUCGCUCCCUUAUAACAGAGCUGACUCGAGCAGGAAUUGGAGUUAAACCUUCACUUGUAUAGACAAUAAAACUAUAAUUUUCAUACACGA